AUGAAACUUCACACCAUUGCUGAGGAUUUACUGUUGCCAGCAGCCAAAGGCAUUGUUCGAGCUAUGACUGGAGAUGAAUUUGUUAUGAAAUUGAGUACAAUUUCCUUAUCUAAUGACACUAUCUGCAAAAUUAUAGAUGACAUGUCUGCUGAUAUUCUUAAUCAGGUAAUCCAGAAAAUUAAAUCUGCUCCACUUCCAAUAUUUAGUAUCCAGCUUGAUGAAUCUACAGACAUUGCAAACUGUUCACAGUUACUGGUUUACUUGAGGUAUAUUAAUGAUGGUGACUUUAAAGAUGAGUUUCUUUUUUGCAAACCUCUUGAAACGACAACUACUGCAUGUGAUAUAUUUGACACUGAUGGUUCGUUUCUGAAAGAGCAUAAGAUGUCUUGGGAAAAGGUUUGUGGUGUUUAUACAGAUGGUGCUCCAGCUAUGCUAGGAUGUCGAUCUGGAUUUCAACGUUUGGUACUGAAUGAGUCACCAAAAGUCAUCGGAACUCACUGUAUGAUUCAUCGGCAAAUAUUAGCAAUGAAGACGCUGCCACAAGAAUUACAAGAAGUAAUGAAAAGUGUCAUAAGUUCUGCCAAUUUUGAAAAGGCGAGCACUUUAAACAGUCAACUGUUCUCACAACUGUGCAACGAGUUGGAUGCGCCAAACAAUGCUCUGCUAUUUCACACUGAAGUGAGAUGGUUGUCGAGAGGAAAAGUUUUAAAACGUGUUUUUGAGCUUCGUGAUGAACUCAAAACUUUUUUUAAUCAGAAAGCAAGACUGCCGUUCAAAGCACUUUUCAGCAAUAAAAGUGAACUGCAGAAAAUAGCUUACUUGGUUGCCAUCUUUGCCAUCUUGAAUGAGUUAAAUUUAUCACUGCAAGGACCAAAUGCAACAUGCCUCGAUUUGUCUGAAAAGAUCUGA